CCCAGGGCCAUGCUCCCAUGGGUUGACAUCGAAUCAGGAUUCACACCAAGGGUUCGCAGGGCGGUUGGGCGGUUUCAAAAGUGCAGCUGACGGGGAGUCACAGAAAAAGCUCAUCAAGUUUUUGUCAGGACGUCAGACUCCAACCCUCCCGAGCCGGAGUGCUGGUAAGAGAAACUUAGUACAAUGUCCAGUCCCAGAAAAGAUAUGAACAUCUUACGUGAUAAUGUCCAGUCCCCUAGUGUAGAGACCAACGAGUAACACGUUUGUUUGCGGAUAUAUGAUUGAACAUGGCCAAUACCGUGGCCAUGAUGUCAGUUCGGUGUCAGUCCGCUCGACCCAAGAGACGCUCCGAGGUCGAGGAGAUCAGCCUACCGAGCUUCUGGUUGGAGCGACCCGUGGAGGGCUUGGUGGUCUACUUGAGGCAAAGCGGAAGCUCAGCCAGUAGUACAGAGGUGCCCGCCUGCGACAGCCCCUAGUUGCCGCUCCAAGGGAUGGGUUGUUUGCUGGUUGCCGUUCCGGGCUUGGUUGGUCCACUGAGCGGGUUGACAGGGUCUACACGGUCGGCAGGUUCGUCAUGUUUAUGAGAAUUCUUUCCAUUUGGUACCUGGCCUGUCGAAAUCGUUGGGCUGUCCAAAACCUACAAAGUGACCCCUUUCUGAAGAAGGGGCAGGUCCAGUCCUCGGUCCUCGAGUUGAGUUUGAGAGCACCGUGGCAGGUAAACAUUCUUCGCUCGGAUGGCUAUGAUCAGUGGCACCCGGAUGCCGAGCAGCCAUUAGCUGCCGGACGCGUGGGACAGCUUCGGGGCCCGGCCGCCAUUUGCGUGGACGCGGUGCUGGAGACGAACCUGGGCGGUGAAACCAUGAAGGAGGUCGAGCCUCAAUGGUGUGUCCGAGCGACCAAAGUUCCGUUCGGGGAGCGUUCGCGGGCCCUGGUGGCCACGGCGAAGAUCGAGGGGGAAGCCUUGGAAAAAGCGCUGAUGUGCACAGCCGCUGUGUCUUUGAAAUUGGAGUUGCAAUCUGCCAAAGCCUCCUCGCUCAACGGUCCAGCGGGCACUCCGAUUGGACGUCUGGCCGUGUCGCUGGGCGCCGCACUGGAUCCGAAGAUCCUGCCGGCUUGCUUUAUGCCAAGCGGUGAAGUCUCUGCAGAGAGCGGAGCUGAUGAAUGCAUCGUAGCCCAGUUGGGGCCUGCGAAGGGUGUGCCUGUGGCCAAGACACUGGAGGACAUCAGUCGGACGCAGCAAUUGUUUGCCAGCUGAAUCGGCCAAGAUGCCGAUGAUGUGACUUCAGACCCCAUCCGUGGGCGUUUUUUUCCUUCAAAGCGAGCUCAAGCGGGUUGGUCAACCAAACGUC